AAGAGGAGGGAGAGGGGCGGAAGAGGGUCGUUGCCUUCUGUGUGACAGGAUCGUCCCUCGCCGCUGCAGCUGCACCUGCAGCCGCCAUGGCGUCCGGCUGCAAAAUCGGCCCUUCCAUCCUCAACAGCGACUUGGCCUGCCUGGGGGCCGAGUGCGCCCGGAUGCUGGAUUCCGGGGCCGACUAUCUGCAUCUGGAUGUAAUGGACGGGCAUUUUGUUCCCAAUAUCACCUUUGGUCACCCUGUGGUAGAAAGCCUUCGAAAGCAGCUAGGCCAAGACCCUUUCUUUGACAUGCACAUGAUGGUUUCUAGACCAGAACAGUGGGUAAAGCCAAUGGCUGUAGCGGGGGCAAAUCAAUAUACCUUUCAUCUGGAAGCUACUGAGAGCCCUGGAGCACUGAUUAAAGACAUCCGAGAAAAUGGGAUGAAAGUUGGUCUUGCUAUUAAACCUGGCACUACAGUUGAGUAUUUGGCACCAUGGGCCAAUCAGAUAGAUAUGGCCUUAGUCAUGACAGUGGAACCUGGGUUUGGAGGGCAGAAGUUCAUGGAAGACAUGAUGCCAAAGGUUCAUUGGUUGAGGACCCAGUUCCCUUCUCUGGAUAUUGAGGUAGAUGGUGGAGUAGGUCCUGACACAAUUCAUAAAUGUGCAGAGGCAGGAGCUAAUAUGAUUGUGUCUGGUAGUGCCAUCAUGAAGAGUGAAGACCCUAGAUCUGUCAUUAAUCUCUUGAGAAAUGUUUGUUCAGAAGCUGCUCAGAAACGCUCUCUGGAUAGAUGAGAUUUCCAGGCAGCUUUACUCUGCGUGCAUAGUCCACCUCCUCCUAGACCAGCUUAUUCAGCCUCAUUUUCACCUGGUGCACAAGAACACAAGCUCAAGAAUCAUGCUGCUGUUUCUGCUGUGGAGGUGGCAUUGAUCUCUGUCCUGGGCAGUUAGUCUUCAUUUCCUUGACUUCAACGUACACACAGAUAUGCUGAGAAUGGAAAUAAGUGCAUAUAUGACAACUACUAAGUUUUUAAGAGUUGGGAAUUAAAUUUUCAUGUGGCAAAAAAAAAAAACACUUUUUUACUGGAAGACUUGAUUUUUGUAAAAGGAAUAUAUUAUGAUGCCUUGUCCUGAGGUUAAAAAGCCAAAUUGCACCUCAAAGGCAGAAGAAGGAAAAAAACCAGGAGCUGCUAACUAAAGAAGGACUAAAAUGGGUAAUACUUCUACUCUUAGAGAACUCUGAAAUGUUUGUGCAUUAUUAUAAAAAGGUUUGCAUUGCUCAUUAGCUUUCUUUAGAAAAAACAGUUAUCCUUUUGUUUCGUCAUCAGUUGAUUUUUUGUAUAUAUGUUUGUUUUGUGUGACUGAGCUUGGUCUAUUGGGAGAAAAAUCCAAGCUCCAUGCUUUGAGUGUUAUGAAAUGAUUCCUUUUAAAGUUUCUUUAUCCCUUCCCUCCCAGCCCCCCCCAUUGUGCUUAUCUUGACCAUGUUUUCAUGUGACUAAUCACCCUACUUAUUUUCCUAGUUGACCAAAUUACACAAAACAUUCCUCUUUGUUUUCUUUCACUUUCUGCAGUAACCUACUUUGGAACUAAAUUUACAAAAUGACUGAGGAUAAUACUGUUUACAAGAGCUUAUUUUAUAUAUAUAUUUUAAAAAAAACAUUUAUUUCAGGCUAUUUCCUGCCUAUAGCAAAAUAUGUUCAAUAUUUGUUGGAGAGAAGCCGACAUGUUUCUUUCUCUAGAUCAGAGGUUCAGAAGUAUGGCCUCAGAGGGUCCUUCGGGUGGUUGAGUCCAAAAGUACAAGAGUAGGACAUGUCUUUCUCAAGGACUGUCCUCAACUAGUCACAAUUAAAAAGCUAGUGGGGACUAUUUCAAAUGACUUUCAUCAACCACUUCUUUAGAAAAUUUAUAAUUUGGUUGUGCUAGUGCCAGCUUGGGUAAGGAAUGAUUUCAUUUAGCCCUGGACCCUAGAGUAUCCUUACAUCUUAACAGAGCACUCAGGUAUUUCUUGCAUCCUGAAUCUGAUUUCAUUCAUCUAACACUCUUAAAGGAAGCAGAAGAGUUACUGUCCCCAUUUUAUAGCUGAGGAAACUAAAGCACAGAGCAGUAAGUUAAGGCAACAGACCGUGGUACCUGUGCAGGGAUCUGGAGUUAGGACUUGUGUUCAACUUACAUUACUUGUAUGAUGUUGACCUCCCAAGUCCUCUUCCAGGGUCCUUUCAACAGUAUGUCAGCAUAGUUUUGUUCUUUCACCUCUAAAGAAGAUGGUGGUAAUGAUAUAGUGAUCCACUGACCAAAGGUUUAGUUUAUAACUGCUCUGCUUAUUCAAAUAUUUAGAUAACUGUAAUGAUUACUUCAAGAAAACAGGAGCAGCAGAACUUUAGUCAUCCUCAGGUUGAUGUGAAUUUUCUGUCUUUCAUUAAGGUAUAUUUACUGUAAACCCUUGAUGUUUGUUGAAUGAAUUAAUAGGGUAUGGGGCCUAGGGUUGCAGCAUAUGAGGUAUAUAGUUUUUUGUUUUUAAAUAGGACUCUUAUCUUGCUUAUUUUGUGUGUUUUGGGAGGCAGGAAAAGAAAGAUUUCGAAACAAAUAAGGACAAAACUUCUCAAAGCAAAGUAUUGAAAAUAAAAUUGUACUACCAAGCUAUGUUCCUUUUUUGAAAUAGAUAGUAUGGAUCGUUUUGAUAUUCUAAUCACAUUCACACUACAGGAGACAUAUAGAAAUAACUUUAAUUAAAAAACUUACAUAGAAGAUCAUGGUAUCAGACGUGACAGCAAGAUUCAAGUUUAAUUUUCUGGACAAACUUGUGUCUGUGAGGCUUUGGUUUUUGUUUUUCUUUAAAAAUAAUUGUACAGUGAAACCACAAGCAGAGGCUUUUCAGUGCUGAAAUUUGACUGAACUUCCCUCCCUCCCCCCAAAGGGUCCAGCAUCAGUUUCCAAUCCCUGACAAAAACUGUGUCAAAUCACACAAACUAGGCCAGUGAGUGUUAGUUUAGUGCAUAUGGAUACUACAACUUGAAGCAAUAGCUUUUCCUUGAGAAAAAAGUGAUUGCUAUAAAUUGUCCUCAACCGUUCCACACAGCAAAACUCUUAUGGUAUGGUAGCUUAAAAAGGAUUCCACUUCAAAUGCACAUACAACUUGGUAUAAAUCUUAUUAGCCUCAUUUUAGAAUACAAGUAGAUAUGAGUGGAUGAAUCAUCACUUGCUUUUAAAGCAAGGUAUGGUAAGGAAUCCAGAAAUUCAUUAGCCAGGGAUAUAACAAAACAGUAUUUUUGAGCUCAUACUGAUGGUUAUUUCCCUUUCAGUGAAUUAUUUUAAUUAAGCAUAUUUUAAACCCACUUGGGUUCUUGUAGCACGGUGACAAUGUAUUCCGAAUAGUAAAUAUAGGUGAAGCCAGAGGUAAUAUCUUAAAGACAUGGUGACUUAAUAUAACAAUUAAACUCUCUUAGAAGUGAACAGAAAA